UUCCGGGGUUCGGCAAUCGCUUCGGGAGCUGCUGUCGCAAAACUCUCCGACACUUCCGGGCGAAUCCAACCGAUGGCAGCGAAUCCAACCGACGGCCGUGAGAGUGACAGAGCUAGGAAGGGAGAUGGGAAUAAAUAGAAUUAGAGGUGAAAGCUGAUGAUCUCACGGUGGCAUCGUGAAUAACAAAGGGUUGAGAUACUGAGAGAUGUGUGUGUGAGAGAGAGAGAGAGAGAGAGAGAGAAAUAUGCUGAGGGCAACUGAGAUGGAGAUGCAGUGAGUGGAGGUCGAGUCAGGAGGGAGAGAGGACAGGAGGACCAAUAUAAUCAGGGCAAAAACAACUCUGUCUUGACAAUAUAUUGGAAAGAAGGAAGAAGUUCAGGGCUUAAAAUUACAGUCAGUAUAAGAGACCAAGAGUUUUUUUCUCUUCCAGCUUCUAGUCACAGAAAUCACCGAAUUCGUUUAAAAGAAGGGGAUAAAGGAAUGGUUUUGCUGAAGCUGAUUGCAGUGUCCUUGAAAGUUAAAGCAAGAUUAUUGUUGUGUGGAGCAAAGGGGGUCUGAUUCACAGUUAAAAUAGGUUAACUGAAAAGUCUGUAUUGAUGUAUUUUUUGUUCUCUCCUGAGAGCUGACAGUCAGGAAAGUAUUAGAGACAAAGACACUGCUGGAUAACUGAUAGGUUUGGUUGGAGGCUGGAAGGGAUAGGACCCAGGGAAGGGAGCAGCGGCCACAAGAUGUGGUUGCAGCAGCGAUUGAAGGGGUUACCCAUGUUACUCUCCAGUAGCUGGGCGAGGAGAAUGCUGGCAUGCCUUGGGAUUCUGCUCAUCUUUUACUGGUACCUGAGCUCGGAAGGUGGAUUCAGGCUGUUCCCCGGUGCAGCAGAUCCCAGGACGGUCACAGACGGUUGUCUUCAGGUAGAAACCCAGCGGUGGAAGUCAGCCAUAGACCAUGGCAAUGCCUUGAUGAGUCACAUCGACGGAGGUAGUCUGGGGCAGUUAUCUGGCCCAGCUGUGGUUGGCAAUGGUCAUUUGGUCGUGGAUGCUUUCUCUAAUCAGCUUUGGGUGGCAUCAUCUCCUGCCUCGGGCCUUGCAGCCGUCCACCUGACAGACUAUAUACCGCUGGUAUCUCUGACGCCACUUGGUAUCCGCUCAGCAUCCAGAGCUGCACUCAUCCACUUCCAGGAGGGAGUGGUGAGCUUGCUGCAGUGCAUCCAGGUCGGAUCAUCGCACACGACCCACGAGUGCGUCACUCUCCGUGAAGAUGUGAUUGUGCAUCGGAGCCGUCCCCAUCUGAUACUACAGAGGAUUCACAUCUCCAACCCCACAGACCGAGUGACUGUCUUCGAAGUCAACAAGUCGCCCGUCAUAGGAAACAAAUUCUCCUCCAGCCUGGAGAAACAAAACAACCAGGAGUUCUUCCUCUUAGCAGGGAGGGCACUGACUGAGGAAAGGGAGACCAUCUUGGUGGUGGUAGCCACAGAGAAAGUGGCCACCAGGCUGCAGGUGGCUGCAAAGUCUGAAUUCACAGAGCAUGUGGUUUCGGUGGUUUAUACACUUGUGCUGAAGGACUUGACAGAUGUGGAGGAAUCAUUCAGUAAACUGAGGAAAGCAGCAAAAGCAGAAAUGUCUGAGCUGCUGAAAUUGGGAGCAGAAGAACUCUACCAAGAGCAUCGGAAGGUGUGGGGCGAUUUAAUAAACUCAGGAGUGGAGAUGAAGAAGAUUAUGGAUGCUCACACGCCCUCCAGCGUGAUCGUCAACAAGACUCUCUUCUACGUCCUCUCCACGUCGCCUGCUCCUCUGCUGGACCCGCAGAACGGCGCGGAGGAGCGGGAGAAGCUGGAGGCCAGCCUGAACUACGCCGACCACUGCUUCACCGGCCACGCCACCAUGCACGCGGAGAACCUGUGGCCGGCGCGCAUUGCCGACGUGGCCCACCUGCUGCAGCUGUCCAAUCUGUGGCGGCUGACCCUGCAGAAGCGAGGCUGCAAGACCCUGGUGGGAGCCGGGGCCCACGGCAUGAUGCAGGGCAUGGUGAUGAGCUUCGGGGGCCUCCAGUUCACCGAGAACCACCUGCAGUUCCAGGCCGACCCCUCCGUCUUGCACAACAGCUACCUACUGCGGGGGAUUCAUUACAACAAGGAUCUGAUCAACCUGGCAGUCUUGCUGGAUGGCGACGAGAAGCCUUUCCUCCACGUCUCGGUCAAGCCUCAGGAGAAGCAGGUCAAGCUCUACGGCUGCGAGGCGGGCUGCAUGAACGACCCUGUGGAGCUGACCGCCGAACUCAAGGGGCACACCUUCCCCGUCAUGGUCACUCGGCCCAUCACACCCCUGCUGUACAUCUCCACGGACUUAACUCACCUGCAGGCCCUGAGGCACACACUGCACCUGAAGGCCAUCCUCGCCCACGAGGACCACAUGGCUGAACAGUACCCCGGCCUCCCCUUCCUCUUCUGGUUCAGCGUGGCAUCGCUCAUCACCUUAUUCCACCUCUUCCUCUUCAAGCUCAUCUACAAUGAGUACUGUGGCCCGGGAGCCAAGCCGAUAUUCAGGAGCAAGGUAUAAAUCUUCUGCGGGAGCCCUCUCUCUGCUUUUUGCUACCUGGGAGCAGUUCUACAUCCUGACUCUUGCAACCUUUCUCUGAGUUGGGGUUACUGGUGCUGAGAGGGACGUGGUUUGCUUCUCUGGUGCCACCUUUUACAGCUUUCAUCAGCACGAGUAUCCUGAUUCAAAGUGGAACUCCACCUUUCCUGAGUGACCUAUAUAUCAGCUUCAUAGAUUGCAGUACAGAUCUUAGAUUUUAAAUAAGGUCAGAGCUUGCACUACUGUAAGUGAGCACACCCUCAUUUAACACCCUGAGAAAUAAGCCCACACUGAUCAGACGAUGCGAUAGCAUUGUUCCACCUCCUUGUUCGGAAUGUUUGUUUGUGGUGUAUGCUUGGGGUGAUUUUGUGUCAUGGAAUGGGGAUGUCAAGACAGAUAUUUAAUUCCUGAAUUAAUCUGAGACGGUGCUUGCUUUGCGUCACCAGUCUGUCCCGCUGGGUGUGACAAUGUGCACGAGGUGUGGGUGUAGGGGCUGUGGGUAAGGGGACAGAAAUCUUGGUAGGUCCAGGAUUAUACAACCAGGUCCCAGUGGGCUGUAGAAUGUGGAGCGGAGCCCAGUGGAACCAGGGAUGCAGCAAGGGUCUUGGUGUGGUCUGAUGGUGCAGGGUUAGGCGUUGGUAUCUCCAGAGCAGAAUCUCAUGUAGUUUAGGGUUCAAUAUAAACUGGAGUGUAAACUCCUUCCAUCAAUGUCACCAACAUUCCUUGGAGAAAAUAUGUUCUUUCUAAUUUGAGCGAGCAAAGUUUUAGAGAACUCCUGAUGUUGUGCCAUCAUUCCCUGUAGAUGGGUGAACUAUCCUAAAUUGCCACCUCUGUUAUAGGAACGCAUUGAACACUGUGAAACAUCCAUAAUUACUAUCCAGACUCACUUUACAGACUGACCUUGUUCAUCAUCAGCAGUUGGAAAUAGACUGGCUUUUAAACCAGGGGAGAUUCAUUUGCCAGAAAGACAUUUCUUACCUUUAUUGUCUUGCAUCUAAUGCCAAAAUGUAGUUUACCAAAAUGAAUGAUGGACUGCCCCUGCAGUUAAUCCUACUUAUCACACAGACCGUUGCUAGGACAUAGAGUGAGGUUUGAUUAUAGGUCACAAGGAAUACGAACUCUGUACAUAAGCCUAAUGCUUGAAACAAGAAUCGGGUAUUAGGAACUGGGAAGAAGUCUUAGUUGUGGAAUGUGAAGAGUGGACAGGUUAAACUGAGGAGAGUGAAGAUUGGGGGCUGGGAAGUUGAUCAAGUGAGGUUCCAAAUCCAUUCCUAAAACCACAGAUUCUCCUUCUGAUUGCUGACAACAAUGGAAAAUGGCAUCUGGCAGAUUGUGGCUUUGUGUUGCAUAGUUGCCUUUCACUACUGCCCCUCACAGCACAUGAACCUGAUGUAAUUUGCAAUAAGCUAAUAGAAGGAGACCUAAAAGGGUGGCUAAUAUUCUAGAGAGCGUGUGAGCUGGUACUGGAGGGCACUUCAGAAGCCUUUUGGUGCAGGAAGUCAAAGGAUGGGCAUCGAGUGAGAACGUUGAUGCCUUUGUUCAACAGAGUGAUUCCUCUUGGCUGGGCUUGGCUGCAGAGUCACUGCCCCGUUUCAUUCUCCCCAUGUUCAGUAUCAGCUGGGGGACGAUGUGAAGAGGUGAAUGAUUGGUUUGGUUGGUUUUAUUAAAUGAUUGAGCUCAUUUGUGAAUGCACUGUAUACGUGUAUGUGUGUGUGCGCGCUGUUCAUAUUUUAGGAAAAAAAUAACCAUUGCUUUGCCUGUGUGGCUUUGAACAUAGAACAGUACUGCACAGGAACAAGCCCACAAUGCCUGUGCCAAGUUAAACAAAUCUCCUCUGCCUGCACAUUCUCUCGAUUCCAUGCAUAUCCAUGUGCCCGUUUAAAAGCCUCAUUAACAUCACUACGGUAUCUGCUUCCACCACCACCCCUGGGCGAGGCAGUUAUAAAGACCCAGGUUCUUUUAUGCUGCUCUUAAACCCCAAACUAUCAUUGCCCACCAACAGCUGGCCCUGCUAUUGGAAAGGCCAUGCUCCUUGAAAUAUCCAUACUUCAGACCAGACUUCUGUCACAUUCUGACAUUUAGUAGCAGCUGGCAAUAGAUUGGCUUCAAACCAGUCCUGAGAUUCAUUUAGCGGAAGGAUAUUAUUCACUUUUCUUGUGUUGCAUUUAGUUCCGUGUUAUUUAUAAAACAGACGGUGAAGAUUUGUAUCUGGCCUGCAGUGUGUGUGAGUCUGGUCCUGUCAGUCCGUACCCAGCCCCGAGCUCUAGGCUCCAUUCUUUCUGUUCCCCCAGCCUGCUCUUUAGAUCAAUGUUGUCCAUGCAAAGUUUGUGUUCUUUUAGAGGUGAUCAGAGAUAGAAUGUUACUCGCCUCCUGCUGCUGUGCUCACACACUAGUUUACAAAGCAGCAUCUGCAGAACCUACGACCAGUUCAGCACUCCUGCCUGUGUGGUAGAAAAUAUGUUUUUAAUUGCUGAAGCCAUCCUAAAAAUAAAUGCCCGUAGCAUUCACAAUAAUUUCCCAAACCAUACAUUGCCAUUCCCCCUAAUCAUUAACAUCCUGUACUACUCCCCUAGUUAUUGAUAUCUUCCAUUAUAAUUGCCCUGAACAUUGGUACCUGAUUGAUUGAACCAUCUGUUGUUGUUGUUAUUGUUGCUCACGGAUGGUUCACUGUUGUUGGUGCUGUUCACUCUUGCUCCCUUUUCACUUUAUUGGUGCCACAGUCAGGAUAGUAGAAGUGCCCUUGUCGAUUCUGAUUAUUUCCUUCAGCUUCUUUAACGAGUUUUCCGCUCUGUGUGUGCUGGCUUCCCAAGCCUGUUGGUUACAGUUUUCUCUUUGUUAAUUAAACAGGAUGCCGUAAGAAUUUGAUGAAAUGAUUCUUGCCACUUUUCAUCAUCCCAUCAUGUGUCCAUAUGGUUGUUAACAUCUAGGUUAGAGGAAGUGACCUAGCUGUCAACAUCAGCUGAGGACACGUCUACAAACCAGCUCUUUUUUUGAUCAAGAACUCUGCUUUAAUUUAUUUUGCUUAUAAAAGAUGUGAAACUAAACUAGACACUGGACGUUAAAGUAACUAUCAGCACGACUGUGGUGUGGUCUGAACUGCUCAUCCUCCUGCUGAGAUUCUCCUGGCUUUCCAUCCACAAAUCCAUCUUUAUCUGCAGUAAAAGUGCCCUCGCAUUUUCCAGAGUAAUAUAGGCUUUGUGGUUCCUGGCAUUGGGUCAGUCUGCUUCUGAAUCAGCCGUGUGUCGUUUUCAUUAAAGUUUUCAUUUUGGGAAAGAAUUGUGGGGGAGAAAGUUUUUGAUCUAAAGUGUUUUGGAAUGAAAUUGGUGUGUGAUUUUUUUUUAAUUUUAUUUUUUAUUUUUAAUUUCUAUUGAUUCUGUUAACAGUUUGAAAUAAACACAAUCCCUGCAGCAAAUGACUGCUGAUUUGAUCUUUGGGUUGAAUGAGAACUGAUCAGAUCUGAUGUUUGCAGAAUUUUCAAUAAUUACUCUCAGUGGCGGAGUACAAGGAUUAUGCUGGUAUUUCAGCUGUAAAAUCGGCAUUGAUUCCAUUAUCUCAAAGCUGUUGUUAAAUUCAACAUUUAUUUCAUUUUAACUGCGGUGUGAAAUAAUUUAUUUUGUGGUCUUGCUUCCUUUUAUGGAAAUGUGUCAAAGUUCCUGGUUGUUCAGUGUUUUGUGUCGUUAGUUACAGGUGCUGCGUUCCAUUCCUGGUUCAAAGCUCACCUUGACCACACACUAACAGGCAAGUGUGCAGGUCACAUCUAACUCUCCCUAGAACUGCAACUGCUCAUCCCAGGAAACUCCCUUAUAAAUGUAUUUGUACCUUUUGGGCAUAACAAAAAAUAGGCACUUCAGCCCACCAUGGCCACACUGACAAUCUAUAGCUAUUCCAUUCUCCAGCAUCUUGCUUGUAGCCUUCUGUAGCUUGUCAGUUCAAUUGUUCUUUUAGAUAUUUCAGUAUGAGAUGCUCUGCUUUCACCACCCCUCUCGGGCGUGCAUCUCUAAUACUCUCACAUCCUUUCUAUAAUGUGACAAACAGAACUCAACAUAGUAUUUCAGUUCAGUCUAGACCAUUUUUAAUGGCAGUAUAUUGUUAAAGUUCAGCAUGACCUCCCUACUUUUAUAUGUGUGCACCAAAGCAUUGGUAAAGCUAAAAAUUGUGUAUGACUUAAUAUCCCCCUUCCCAAUAGAUUGUACAUUCCAGGCUGAUGACAGAAACAAAAUGCCGGAGUAACUCAGCAGGACAGGCAGUAUCUCUGGAGAGAAGGAAUGGGUGACGUUUCAGGUCGAGACCCUUCUUCAGACAUUCCAGGCCCCUCUGCACUAACAUCCUGUUUACUGUCCUCUUUACAGUUCACAAUACUGCCAGGUAUUGUGUCUUUAUUAAGUUUAGGAAGACUGGUUUGAGCCUUGAAGUCUCAGUCAUUUACAUAGAUUAAGAUAAAGGCCCAACAUCAAUUCCCACUUUUAAUUUACAUCUAAUUCAGAAAAUAACCGUAAACGACCACCUUUUGUUACCCAUUACUUCACAGACCAUAUAGCCAUGCUGCACUUCCCUUUCUUGCUGAGUACUCUAUCUCUGAUUAUAAGCCUAUUCCCUAGUAGCCUUAAAACAAAGCCUUGUGGAAAUCCUGGUACAGCACAAUAAUUCCAUUUAUUAAAGACCUUUCUUCAAGUUUUGUCCUACUCAUGGUCUCAACAUGUGGAUGCACUAUUUAGAACAAGAAGAAACUACUUCACUCAAGUGGUGGUGAUUCUUUCCAAUUAUUUAUCCAAUAAGGU